CGGACACUUGAUUGGUUGGGAAAGUCUACAGGCUGGAACAGCUUGAUAUAAAGGCGAGAGUCAAGGUUAAGGACGUCCAUUUAACCCAGUUCCAUUACAUUGUAAACAUUUGUAGCAACCAAAACUUUGUGUACGCUGUUCAAGACUAACUCUCAAGGGAGGUAACUGUGAGAAGAGAACUACAAGGCCUAGAAUGAAACUGAGUGUGCGUCUAAGGGGCGACUGGUUCGCCGUGCCAUGCAAAGGUUCGGACACGAUCCGAUGGCUAGGAGAAGAAACCUUGAGGAGGUUCUACAAAAACAGGGCCAGCCUCGGAGGUCGAACCGUCGAGAAAGUCUACGAGGUGAGGAAGGCCAAAGGCGGGGCUCUUUUGGAUUUCGAUGACGCCAUUAAGGAUGUAGUGGAUGAUAAUGACUUCAUUACAGUUGUGUUGGAGAGUGACAUCUCUAGUCCCAUGUCACUUCCGGCGGAGAUCGUCUAUGUGGAAGAAAAAGUAGCCAGUGAAGACGUUCAGCCCCCAGGGGACAAAGAACUGAUUGCUCUAGAUGGAGACAGUUUGUCUACAGAUGACCUCAUUCGAUUGGGAAAGGGAAUCUGCAAUUUAACCCUGACCAGUGAAGCAGAACAGAAGGUCAACAAAUCAAGAGCUUUGGUUGAAGAAAUUUUGGCCAGUAACAAAGUGGUGUAUGGAAUCACAACAGGCUUUGGAAAAUUUGCUCGAACUGUCAUCGCCAAGGAGAAACUUGUGGAACUUCAAGAAAAUUUGAUUAGGUCCCACGCGGCGGGUGUUGGCUCCGCCCUACCGCCCGAGAGGACUAAGAUGUUACUUGCUCUGAGAAUCAACGUCCUGGCUAAAGGAUACAGUGGCGUAUCGCUGGACACUCUCAAGAAAUUAAUAGCCGCUUUUAACGCUUCCUGUUUACCCUGGAUACCAGAGAAAGGCACCGUUGGAGCCAGUGGAGACCUGGCCCCACUGGCCCACAUGGCCCUGGGGAUGAUGGGGGAGGGUAAGAUGUGGAGUCCAAAGAGUGGCUGGGCUGAGGCCAAGUUUGUGCUCGAGUCUCAUAAUCUCACGCCAAUCAAGCUGAAACCUAAAGAAGGCUUGGCUCUCAUUAACGGAACACAGUUGAUUACUUCCCUUGGCUGUGAAGCACUGGAGAGAGCUGAAGCCAUAGCAAGGCAAUCAGACGUCGUAGCUGCGUUAACCCUUGAGGUGCUGAAGGGAACAACACGAGCCUUUGACAGCAAGGUUCAUGAUGUGCGCCCACACAAAGGUCAAAAGUUAGUUGCUGAUCGACUACGAGCUCUGCUACAUUCAGACACUUAUCCAAGUGAGGUCUCGAACAGCCAUCGGUUUUGUGACAGAGUUCAGGACGCGUAUACUCUCAGGUGUUGUCCACAGGUGCAUGGUGUGGUAAACGAUACUCUCCAGUUUGUCCGAUCAGUUCUCAGCACCGAGAUCAACAGUGCCACAGACAAUCCUAUGGUGUUUGCUGACAUGGGGGAAAUAGUAUCUGCUGGAAAUUUCCACGGAGAGUAUCCAGCGAAAGUUUUGGAUUACUUAGCAAUUGCUGUUCAUGAACUGGCCAGUAUCAGUGAGAGAAGGAUUGAAAGACUGGUCAAUCCAGCGUUGAGUGAGUUGCCUGCCUUCUUGACAAACAACGGAGGUCUCAACUCAGGGUUCAUGGUAGCUCAUUGCACUGCUGCUGCUCUUGUCUCUGAGAAUAAAGUGUUAUGUCAUCCGGCCUCAGUGGACUCCCUGACUACUAGCGCCGGCACCGAGGAUCACGUCUCAAUGGGAGGAUUCGCUGCCAGGAAAGCUUUGAGAGUGGUGGAGCAUGUUGAGCAAGUUUUAGGAAUUGAAUUAUUGGCGGCCUGCCAGGCCUUAGAGUUCCUUCGACCCUUGAAGACGACGGCCCCGUUAGAGGAGGUCUACAGGCUUGUCAGAGAAGUAGCCAAACCUUGGGACAAAGACAGAUUUAUGGCCCCUGACAUUGAUGCUGUAGCCAAGCUACUGCAGGAAGAGAAGAUAUGGACCAAAGUGAAGCCAAUGAUCGAUCAUUACCAUUCUGUACAGUCAGUGGAGACGCGAGUGUUCUCCCCUACCACCGCCAUGAGAGAGUCCAUGAAUGGAAUCUCAGCCCCAAAGCGUCGCCGACUGGGCAGAACGACCUCCAAUUCAAGCAUUCGUUAAAACUACAAAUACUGUGAAUUUAUAUUGAGAAUAAUGCAAUGAAUGCACUCUUCUUUUUAAUAUUCGGUUGGAUAUUUUCUUUUUUUUUUUUUU